CCCGGGAACGCACAGGGUCUUGUCCGUGGAUGCAACGCUUGCCCCGAGAGACCCCCAAGCUCCUGGCCAGUUUGGGCGGCCUGUUGCAGUCCCUGGCGGUAAACAAGAAGAAGCAAAAAGUAGAUGGAAAGAAGGAAACUUUAAUGUCUACCUCAGCGAUUUGAUCCCCAUAGACCGAGCCAUAGCGGACACCAGGCCUGCCGGGUGCUCUGAGCAGCGGGUUCACGAUGACCUCCCAACCACCACCAUCAUCAUGUGCUUUGUGGAUGAAGUGUGGUCCGCCCUCCUUCGCUCCGUUCACAGCGUCCUCAACAGAUCUCCUCCACACCUGAUUGAAGAAGUCAUUUUGGUGGACGACUUCAGCACUAAAGGGUACCUCAAGGAGAAGCUGGACAAAUACAUGUCACGGUUCACAAAAGUGAAGAUCCUCCAUCUCAAGGAGAGGCAUGGUCUAAUACGGGCCAGACUGGCAGGAGCGGCAAUCGCCAAAGGCGCUGUCCUGACGUUCCUGGACUCGCACGUGGAGUGCAAUGUGGGGUGGCUGGAGCCACUGCUGGAAAGGGUCCGCCUGAGCCGGGCUAAGGUCGCCUGCCCUGUCAUCGAGGUCAUCAGCGACAAGGACAUGAGCUACAUGACCGUGGACAACUUUCAGCGUGGGAUUUUUACUUGGCCAAUGAAUUUUGGAUGGAGGCAGAUUCCGCAAGAGGUCAUCGAGAAAAAUAAAAUCAAGGAAACUGAUAUAAUAAGGUGCCCAGUCAUGGCAGGUGGCCUUUUUUCCAUCGAUAAGAAGUAUUUUUUUGAGCUAGGAAUGUAUGACCCAGGACUGGAUGUUUGGGGAGGUGAAAAUAUGGAGAUUUCAUUCAAGGUCUGGAUGUGCGGAGGAGAGAUUGAGAUUGUUCCGUGCUCCAGAGUUGGGCACAUUUUCAGGAACGACAAUCCUUAUUCCUUCCCAAAAGAUCGGGUGAGAACAGUGGAGAGGAACUUGGCCCGUGUUGCAGAGGUCUGGCUGGACGAGUACAAGGAGCUAUUCUACGGCCACGCUUACCACUUGGUCUUGAAAAACCUGGAUGUUGGUGACCUGACUCAACAAAUCCAACUGCGAAAGAAGCUUCAGUGCAAAAGUUUCCGGUGGUACCUGGAGAACGUCUACCCGGACCUGGAAGCUCCCCUGGUUAAAGCCAGCGGGCUG